ACCAUUUCUAAUCUUCCCAACUUCGAAACCCAAAACCUGCAAUAAAGUUGAAUAAGUCCGUGCAAAAAGCUUCAAUUUUUUGUGUGUCAAAUCUCUCAGGGAUUCUCGUUCUCGAUCUGAUAACAACAAUUCGAAAAUGGUCUACUCGUACACACCCACAUACUACUCCACCCUCCAAGACUCCAUUACGUCUCUGUGCAAGACCAUUCUCCCUUUCAGCUUCAAGAAACGGUGUUUGCCAGCAUCGGAGCUGAAGCUGUCGAAGCUGCAAUCCGAUAAUCUCAAAUGGCAGCAAGAUUCUUUCCACCAGAUUCUGAAUCUCAUGGGUCUUCACAAAGAAGGAAUUGUAGCUGAAUCCGAGGUUGUGGCUUUCAGAACAAAUCUGCUCGAGAAACUCAUUGCUUCUCCACCAGAUCAUGAACACCACGUCGUGUUGAGGGAUAAAUUACUCUUCUUGCAGGAGCUUCUUUAUGCGAAAUGCAUUUCUGAGGAAGAGUACCAUUCUUCGAAGAGGCCGUUGCUUCAGAGAUUGGCAGUUCAAGGCGCUGAGAUUGAAGCCCGAGAUGUGAUCGUGUCCGGAUCGAAAGAGAUGAAGGAGAGUUCAGAAGAAGAAUGGUCGGUGAUUGACUUGAAGGACGAGCAAUCAUUUAUGAACAAAGAGAACAUAAAUUCAAAGAUCAAAUCAAAGAAUAUUAAAGGAGCAUCCUCUGUUUUUGGCUUCGUUUCUGCUUACAAACCUGGAAAGAACAGAACAGAGAAGAGCAUAUUCGAAUCCCCUUCUUUGGGUAUGGAUUCAAGGAACGAACCAAUGAGUCCAAAGGGCAAACAGAGCUCGAUUCUUAUGGAGGAAAGUGGACCCCCGGAACCCAUGAAGGAAAGCUCUGGUGCAGAAAAGCUGAAGAGGAAGCCAUUCAAAAGUCUGUUUCAGAAGGAACAGAGAGAUGGCCCUGAAGCAACAAAAAAGCAUCAAUGGGGUUUUGAUGGGUUCAAAAAAUGGAAGAAAAGUGAAUCAGAAGAUGAAGCACCUUCAUCUCAAGGUACCAUAAGAACCCUUGGGGAAGGACCAGACACCAAGCUAAUUAAGAAGAAAUUGCAUUCUGAUGGUUUGAUGGGGGUCUACCAUUUUCAUCAAAAUCUCUGA